AUGUCCAGCAUUACAGACCCAGAGGCUCAAUAUGAAUUGAUCUCCAGAGAUUUACAAGAAGUCUUGAAUGCCCAAAUUAUUAAAAACAUUUUGGAGAAUGAAAAAAGAGCAGUAAAGAUUUACUGGGGUACAGCUCCCACUGGUAAACCACAUUGUGGCUACUUUGUUCCUAUGGUGAAACUAGCCCACUUCUUGAAAGCUGGAUGUGAAGUUAAAGUCUUGUUGGCGGAUUUGCAUGCAUUCUUGGAUAACAUGAAGGCGCCAUUGGAGGUUGUUCAAUAUCGUGCCAAAUAUUACGAAUGUGUUAUUAAAGCCAUUUUGAGAUCAAUCAAUGUCCCAAUUGAGAAAUUGAUCUUCGUUGUUGGAUCAUCAUACCAAAAAGAUGGCUCUUAUAUUAUGGACCUUUUCAAAUUAUCCAACGUCGUGUCGCAAAAUGAUGCUAAAAGAGCUGGAGCUGAUGUUGUAAAACAAGUUGCCAAUCCAUUGUUAUCGGGGUUGAUCUACCCUUUGAUGCAAGCUAUUGAUGAAGAACAUUUGGAUGUGGAUGCACAGUUUGGUGGUGUUGAUCAAAGAAAGAUUUUUGUUUUGGCGGAAGAAAACUUGCCAAGCAUAGGUUACAAAAAGAGAGCACAUUUGAUGAACCCCAUGGUGCCUGGUUUGGGACAAGGUGGUAAGAUGAGUGCGUCAGAUCCAAACUCCAAAAUAGAUAUUUUGGAGGAACCAAAAGUGGUCAAGAAAAAGGUAAACAGUGCUUAUUGUGCACCAGGAGAAACUAAAGAUAACGGACUCAUAGCAUUUGUUGAAUAUGUCAUACAACCCAUCCAUGAAUUGAAAACUGGUGUGACUGGAUCCUUUGAUCUCACCAUCGAUAGACCUGAAAAAUAUGGAGGACCCAUGCACUAUGACUCAGUUGAUCAGUUAAAGAAGGAUUACGCAGAAGGGAAAUUGUCGCCUCCAGAUUUGAAGAUUGGUGUCGCCGAUAGAAUUAAUGAGUUGCUUGCACCAAUUAGAGAAGAAUUUGAAAAGAGUGAAGAAUUCCAAUUGGCCCAAAAGAAUGGGUACCCAGUUGAACAACCAAAACAAGAAAAGAAGGUUAAGAAACCAAAGAAUAAAGGCACAAAAUACCCUGGAGGAGGAAGUCAACCAACUGAAAAUGCCGAUGCCAAGUCAGAAGCUAAUGCUGCAGCAACCGCUGGGAGGGUUGAAGAAGUUGUAAAGAAGUUAGAUGAAGCUAAUAUAGAGUAA